AAACUGGCUCACACAGCACCUCCCACUCUGACACAAUGGCCAGACUGGACAUCACAGAGAGCUUCCACCAGACUGACUUCCCAGGACACCUGCACACCCAGGAGUCUCUGCGCUUCGCCCAGGAGUUUGAAUUCCAGGACUCUGACACCCUCAUUGUCACCUACCCCAAGUCAGGCACCACCUGGAUGCAGGAGAUCCUGACCCUGGUGUCCAGCAGAGGAGACCCAAUUCCAGCAAAGACCAUACCGAAUUGGACGCGGGCCCCCUGGCUGGAGCAGUAUUACUUCCGGGACGUCCUGAGGGCCUCACAGGGCCCCCGACUCAUCACUACACACCUGCCCUAUGAAGUCCUGGCCUCGGCUCUCCAUGGCUCCAAGGCAAAGGUGAUCUAUGUUGCUCGAAACCCCAAAGAUGUUGCUGUAUCUUACUACCACUUCCAUAAAAUGGCUAAAUUCCUGCCUGACCCCAACACAUUCGAGGAGUUCCUGGACAAUUUUAUGGAGGGAACAGUGCAUUACGGGUCAUGGUUUGACCAUGUCAAGGGCUGGACCAAUCACAGAAAUGACCUCAACUUCUUCUACAUCACAUAUGAGGAGAUGUUGCAUAACCUGAGAGCCUCUCUGGAGAAGCUGUGUGGUUUCCUACAGUGCCACCUGCUGCCGGAGGAGUUGACGAGCAUCCAGAGACAUUGCACUUUCAACAGCAUGAAAGAGAACAACAUGGUGAACUACACCCUCAUACCCAGCGAGGUCAUGGAUCACAGUAAGAGCCAGUUCAUGAGGAAGGGUAAAACCGGAGACUGGAAGGAACUUUUCAGCAGCAAACAGAACAAUCACUUUGACGACAUUUUCGAGGAAGAGAUGUUUGAUUCCGAGCUGGAGUUCAUCUGGGAGUGAUUCCUCUUGUGUAACACAAGUCCUUCUUUCUCCCUGCCAAAGAACACAAAGGACUGGACACACUGUGACUGUGACUACGUCAAUAGGAUUUGUUAUGCUAAAGACCUGAAGUAAAGCCUACUAUCUUACUAUAAUAUAUGAUAGUGAAUAUAUUAUAGUACAUUAGACUCUAGAUUAACUCCAUCACACCUGCACAUGUCACUGUAACUGCAGUGUAACUACUAUAAAUACUCGUUCUGCUUUUGUAGUGUGGUACUAUGCAGGUUGGUGCAGUUAAGCUAUGCUGCUUCUAUACCUCACAUAUCUAGUAGUAUUGCCACUGUAGGAAAUGUACUGCAAUUUUAUAGCAAGUUGUAAAAAAAACGUAACAUAAGCUUUAUUGUAAACCACUGUUUUUUAGACAUUUUUGUGUUAGAUAAUAAUUGUUUUUGAACCACUUUAAUAUUUUUCAUAUGUGAUGUUGUGUGAUGUUUUCUAUGGUUUUGUAUUUGCACUUUAUUGUAUUAAUAUGCCUUGUUUGUCCUUUUUUCCCCCAAUAUUUUAAUAUAUAGAAUAUGCAGCUUUAUGAAUUUUUCAAAUCGUAUCAAUAGCAGACAGAUAAUAACUCAUGGCAAGGUGUUUAGAGUCCAGACACUUUCAACAAACAGUUUAACGCAUACCUUUUAGAAAUAACAACAAUAAAAAAAAUGUAAAAAAUGAAAUGAGAAACAUUUUGACUAGAAGUCUUUUUCUUUUUCAAGUCUUUAUUCAUCAAUUCAUUAAGUACUAGCUCUGUCUACAGGAUAAUCUUGUAACUUGUAAUCAUGUUGUAUGUACAAUAGCAUGUGUUAUGUCCUAUCUGGGGUCAGGUUGCGGUUGUAAUCACAAUUAUCACACACUAAACUUUGUAUUAUAACAAAAAAGAGGAAAUAUUAGUUUUUUUGUUCCUCUAUGAAUUGCUCCAUCAUCAAACCCAUGUUUCUUUUUAAAGGCCACUGGAAUGUGAGCUCAGAUAACAACGUCAGUGGUAAAAUGGAAACCACUGAACUAGCUAACAUGUAAAAUGGAACUGCAGUUCUUGAAAGAAUUCAUUGAAUUACUUGUAUAUAGUUUCCCACUCUGCAAGUACACCUUAGUAAGUUAAAGUAAUUAGUAUUUAAUAGCAAUUCACAAUGUAAAGUAAUAAAACAUAAUUUUCAAGUCA